AUUCUUUUUUUUCAUGUCUGCGUAUAAAUUAUUGAAAUCUGCAGCUCUACAUCCCUAUCACCCCACAGCUUCGCGAAACUCACCGCCGGUUUCACAGAUCUUCCAUACUUUCCCAGAUAACUCUCCCCCCAAAAAGAUAUCAUUUUGAUUUUGAGGUGUCCAAGUUUACGACUUUAAGGAUUCAGACUCGUACAUUUAGGCUUCAGUCAGCAGAAUCAGGAAAUGGUUAAAAGGUAUGGAGUGUUUUGAUGUUUGGAGAAUAUCAUGUUGCAGUGCAUAGACGGAUUGAAGCAUUUAUUUGCUUCUCUACUGCAAUGCUGUGAUAUUGAUUUGUACAAGCAAUCCAGAGGACUUGACGAUCCUGAACUUCUUGCAAGAGAGACAGUGUUUAGUGUAAGUGAAAUAGAAGCUCUUUAUGAGCUCUUCAAGAAGAUAAGCAGUGCUGUGAUAGAUGACGGGUUGAUUAACAAGGAGGAGUUUCAAUUGGCAUUAUUCAAAACCAACAAAAAAGAGAGCUUGUUUGCAGAUCGGGUAUUUGACUUGUUUGAUACAAAGCAUAAUGGAAUUCUAGGUUUUGAAGAGUUUGCUCGUGCUCUCUCUGUCUUCCAUCCAAACGCACCCGUUGACGAUAAGAUUGAGUUCUCUUUUAAACUAUAUGAUCUCAAGCAGCAAGGUUUCAUUGAGAGGCAGGAGGUGAAGCAAAUGGUAGUGGCUACACUUGCUGAAUCUGGCAUGAACCUUUCAGAUGAUGUUAUAGAAAGUAUAAUUGACAAGACCUUUGAGGAAGCUGAUACGAAACAUGAUGGGAGAAUUGACAAGGAAGAGUGGAGAAGCCUUGUUUUGCGACAUCCAUCCCUUCUGAAAAAUAUGACCCUGCAAUACCUCAAGGACAUCACCACAACAUUCCCGAGCUUUGUGUUCCACUCACAAGUUGAUGAUACCUAAAUUCAACAAUUGGAUUAAAGCUUCAUAGACGGUUAAUUAUGGCUUGUUUCAUUCUAGCAGUGAGUCUGUGUGGUGUUUUGGUUUAUUGGUUAAAUUUUUUUUGUUGUGCGUGUCCAUAUUCAACCCUUGAACAUUCUUCUUGUUCUCAGUGCUUUUGGUCAAUUGGUGCUGAAAUAUUUUGCGUGUAUCUUUCUCUAUGGUGUUACAAUGUAAAAAAUCUUGGUCCUUUUGAAAAAAUUUCUACUAUAACCUCCAA